AUGGCUGACAAUGGAGUCCCUCAACCCAGUCAGGCCGAACUCAUGGCCCAGCUGGCCGAACUACAAGCAGAAGUCAAGAGAUUAGCUGAGCUAUCCACGCAGAACAGCAAGCAAGAAGAAAACAAAGGUCCAACCCAAGGUCCAGCCGAUCUAAUCUGUGCCAACCCCCCCAAGGAAAAGCUGACCUUGGACAACCCGUUUUCCGAGGAGAUCACAAACUACCAAAUGCCAAAACAUUUCACUCUCCCUUCCUUUCUUGAGCCGUACAAGGGGAUUGGUGACCCCCGGGCUCACCUAAAGAAAUUUCAAUCCAUGAUGUUUUUUAACGGACCUAACAAUGACCCUGUGCUUUGCAGAGCCUUCCCUACUUACCUCGAUGGGGCUGCCCUGUUAUGGUUCUCGAAAUUGUCUGCAGGAUCAAUCUCCUCUUUCGAGGAAUUAGCUAGGUCAUUCAUCGACUAUUUCGCGGCAGCUCGGAUUUAUGUGCAUGGAUCGGACUAUCUCAGCACCAUUCGCCAGGGCCCACAAGAAAGCUUGAAGGACUACAUGACCAGGUUCACAGACGCCACCAUGGAACUACCUGACCUGAACCCAGCCAUCCACCUACAUGCCCUCAAGGCUGGUCUCAGGCCCGGAAAGUUCAGAGAAAUCAUCGCAGUGACUAAGCCAAAAACACUAGACGAGUUCCGCGAAAGAGCAGCGGGGCAAAUGGAAAUCAAAGAGCUUCGGGAAGCCGACAAAACAGAAAGGAGGCCGAGAAAAGAGGAUGACAGAUCUUCCAGGCCAGCAAAUGCUAAAGACCUCGGCAGAUCAUUCAAGCUCACUCCGAAGUUCGAUAACUAUACCAAAUUCAACACAAAGAGAGAAAGGAUAAUAAAAGAAAUACUCAAUGCUAAAAUCAUAAAACCACCUACCAGGGCGGGAAGCUACCAGGAUCAGAGAUUCGUUGAUAAAAGCAAACAUUGUGCCUUCCACCAGAAAUAUGGCCACACGACCAACGAAUGUGUGAUAGCCAAAGACCUCCUCGAGAGAUUGGCGCGGCAGGGCCUCCUCGACAAAUACAUUGAGGGUAGAAAACACAGAGAAAAUAACAAGGAAGAGCGACAACAAACCUCAGCCAAUAAAGACACCAACAAGUGGCCGAGCAAUAACCCCCCCAAAGGCAUCAUAAACUGCAUAUCUGGAGGAUUCGCAGGAGGGGGUGAGACGAUCUCAGCAAGGAAACGAAGCUACCGUGCCAUGUUAGCAAUCGAAGAAACAACGCUACCAAACAACAAGGACAUACCUGACUUAGAAAUCACAUUUAACCAAACCGACAUAUGCUCGGCUGUUCCAAAUUCGGACGACCCGGUGGUAAUAUCGAUCCAAGCCGGCGACCUUCUGGUAAGGAAAGUCCUUUUGGACCCAGGUAGUAGUGCAGAUGUUCUCUUUUAUUCUACUUUCUUAAAAAUGAAUCUAUCUGAAAAACUAAUACAGCCCUCGUCCGGAGAAUUAGUAGGGUUCUCUGGCGAGAGAGUACCAAUCAAAGGUUACAUAUGGCUAAGGACGACGAUGGGAAACAACCCAUUAUCAAAAACCUUAGACGUACAAUACCUAAUAGUUGAUUGCCCCAGCCCCUACAAUAUUAUCCUCGGACGACCUGCCCUGAAUAUGUUCAGGGCAGUCAUAUCUACUUAUCAUCUGUGUGUUAAGUUUCAGGCGCAAGACAGCAAGAUAGUGACAAUACAUUCUGAUCGACAACAAGCUCGGCAAUGCUACAAUGCUAGCUUAAAAAAAUCGGACAUAAGCCACAAACAAAGGGAGGUCCAUGCAAUAAAUGGCACAGAAAUCUUAUCCCUGGCCGAGCUUGAUCCUCGAGGAGAUACCCAGGAAAGACCUCAACCAGCAGAUGAGCUACACAAGAUCCAGCUAACUCAAGUCCCGGGACAGGUGACUUACAUCGGCCAAGCACUAAUAGGACAACAGAGAUCGGAAUUGAUAAAGUUACUACAAGACUAUGCUGACUUGUUCGCCUGGACCCCGACAGAUAUGCCUGGCAUUAGCCCAGAUAUCAUCUGCCACAAGCUAGCCACUAACAAGACAUGCCGACCCAUAGCCCAGAAAAAGCGAAACCUCGGCACAGAGAAGUCAAAAGCGGCCUUAGAAGAAACAUCCUCAAAGCUCAAGGCCAACUUCAUCAAAGAAAUCCGUUUCACCACAUGGCUCUCAAACGUGGUAAUGGUAAGAAAAAACUCAGGUAAAUGGCGCAUGUGCAUCGACUUUACGGAUCUAAACAAGGCAUGUCCCAAGGAUGCUUAUCCCCUGCCAUGCAUCGAUAAACUUGUAGACAACGCCUCAGGUUUUAACAGCUUGAGCUUCAUGGAUGCAUACUCUGGGUACAACCAGAUUCUAAUGCAUCCAGAAGACCAAAGCAAAACAGCAUUUAUAACUGAACAUGGUAAUUUCUGUUAUAGAGUUAUGCCAUUUGGCCUUAAGAAUGCAGGUGCAACCUACCAGCGUCUGAUGGACAAAGUAUUCCGACACCAAAUAGGUCGGAAUAUUGAAAUCUAUGUGGACGAUAUGGUCGCCAAGUCCACUGAAGAUCGGUCACACUGCGACGACCUCAAGGAAAUAUUUGAACAGAUCCGAGCAUACAAUAUGAGAUUAAACCCAGAAAAGUGCGCCUUUGGAGUCCAAGGAGGGAAAUUCCUUGGAUUCAUGUUGACUUCAAGAGGGAUCGAAGCAAACCCCGAGAAAUGCAAGGCUAUACUCAACAUGACAAGCCCCAGGACGAUAAAGGAAGUACAACAACUAGCAGGACGGAUAGCCGCCCUCUCCCGAUUCCUACCCGCGGUCUCAAGUCGGUCACAUCCAUUCUUCCAGACGAUCUUAAAAAACAAACGAUUUCAAUGGACACCAGAGUGCAAAACCGCGUUCGCCGAGCUAAAGACCCUUCUAUCAUCACCUCCCGUACUACAAAGACCUGAGGUCGGCAAGCCUCUAUAUCUAUACCUAUCCAUUUCCAAUCAUUCCAUAAGCUCGGCCCUUGUCACUGAGACAGGAAGGAUCCAACAGCCAGUAUACUUCGUCAGCAGAGUAAUGCAACCAACGGAACAGAGGUACCCGAAGAUAGAACAGCUCGCCCUGGCACUCGUAGUCACAGCAAGAAGACUAAGACACUAUUUCCAAAGCCACACAAUAGUAGUAAGAACAAAUCACCCAUUGAGGCAAAUAUUAACAAAACCAGAGCUGGCAGGACGGUUGACCAAAUGGUCAAUUGAACUCUCAGAGUUCGACAUUCAGUUUCAGGCCAGAUCGGCCCUCAAGGCACAAGUCCUCGCCGAUUUCAUCACGGAGAUGACCCCAGGCGAUCACAUUGAAACAUGGGAAUUACACGUGGAUGGAGCGUCAAGCCGAGAAGGGAGCGGGGCCGGCAUAAUCUUAAAAGAGGGAAAUAAAGUGAUAGCCGAGCAAGCCCUCCAAUUUCACUUCUCGGCAAGCAACAAUCAGGCCGAGUAUGAAGCCCUCAUAGCGGGACUCAAGCUCGCCCUAACCCACAAAGCGACGAACUUAACAGCACAUUGCGAUUCCCUCCUAAUGGUCCAACAGAUCCGAGGAGAAUUCCAGGUAAAAGAUCCCUUACUAGAACAAUACUGGCUCAUAGCAAAGGAUCUAAUUUCAAACUUUAGUUCAUUCACCAUAUUACACGUACAUAGAGAACAAAAUGUCAGGACAGACAUACUAUCUAAACUCGCCGCCACCAGGGCGGACACGCAAACAUCAACAUUAUCACAGCACACACUCACAAAACCGAGCAUUGAACUAUUAUGUAUCGAACACAUCAACCACCUCCACGAUUGGAGGAAACCUUUCCUUGAAUACAUAUGUACAGGUACGGUGCCCAGAGACGAGCUCCACCCUCAACAGUUUAAACGUAAGGCAAGCUUCUACACGAGAAUAUCAGGGGAGCUAUACAGACGAGGUUUCUCACAACCAUUACUAAGAUGCCUAGACCAAGACCAGGCCAGAGAAGUAAUGAACGAAGUCCAUGAAGGAGUAUGUGGGAACCACAUAGGAGGACGAGCUCUCGCUGCAAAAAUAAUCCGAACAGGAUAUUAUUGGCCGACCAUGAAGAGAGAUUGCAUAGCAAAAGUCAAAACAUGUGACAAAUGCCAGAAACACGAGGCGAUCUCAACCAAGCCAGCCGAAGUACUACACAGCAUGGAGGUAAGCUGGCCUUUCUACAGAUGGGGACUUGACAUCCUCGGCCCCUUCCCAACAGCACCAGGACAGGUAAAAUUUCUUUUGGUAUCCAUAGACUACUUCUCAAAAUGGAUAGAAGCGCAACCCUUAGCAAAGAUAACAGCUGAAAAGGUACGAUCUUUUAUUUGGAGAAAUAUAAUAUGCCGCUUUGGGAUACCAAAAGAAAUAAUAUCAGACAAUGGUAGACAAUUCACAGACAAUAAGCUCGGUUUAUUUCUAAAAAAUUUCAAUAUUCAACAUCGUUUUAGCUCGGUAGAACACCCACAAACUAAUGGGCAAGCCGAAGCUGCUAACCGAGUUGUGUUGCAGGCAAUAAAGAAGAAGCUCGACAACGCAAAGGGAGAAUGGGCCGAGCUCAUUCCCGAAGUACUGUGGAGUUACAACACCACAAUACAUAACACUACAGGCGAAACACCCUUCAAGUUGGUCUAUGGCUCAGAAGCACUGAUCCCCAUUGAGGUCGGAUAA